AAUUGUUGUACUGCGUCACUAGCAGGUGCAUGACAGAAAAUAAAUCAUAGCUAAAGUACAGGUGGAGUUUUUCUGAUCUUUUAAUACGGAUACUCACCUAUGGAGCAAAGACAGGCUGAGUCUCCUCCCUCAUAUGAUUCUGUGGUGAAUCACAACACGCCUCCUCCUUCAUAUCCGAGUCUUCAGACAUUGUCAGCCACCCAAGACCAGCCGUACUACAUAGCUCAGCCAGUACAUCAAACACCUGCUCCUUGUGUAGUAGAGACAAUCCCGACACAACGAAGUCAAAUUCCUUCAAACAAUACAAAUAUGAACAAAAGGUAUUGCUAUGGCGGGUCGAGUGGUACUGCUGUAAUAGUUGUUCUGGUUGUAAUUGCCGUCUGGCUGGGAGUGCGUUAUGGGCCAUCACUGUGGGCUCUCUCAGAGAAAGAAACAGAGACAGACACAUGUCCCCCUUUAUCAGUCAACUGUGAUGGGAAGAGAGACUGUUCUCAAGGCAGUGAUGAAUCUCGCUGUGUGCGGUUCGGUACAGCAAAUGAACUGCAGGUCAUGACCUCUAAGACCAAAAGCUUUCUUCCCGUCUGUGCACAGGGCUGGAAUAAAACCAUAGCAGACCAAACCUGCCAACAGCUCGGUUUCAGACAGAGUUAUAAAGAUGAUGUCUUGCAAACCAGCUCAUCCGCCUUUCAAAGUUUGAACAGUCAGUUUACAAAUGCCAUCCAAGGGAGCGUUAAUAUGAGUGCAUCCUGUCCUGGUCAGAAGACUGUGUCCCUGCAGUGCAGCAAGUGUGGACAGCCAUCAGUACCAAGGAUCGUAGGGGGGAAAGUGGCUGCUGACGGUCAGUGGCCGUGGCAGGCCAGUCUGCAUUUCCAAGGGGCUCACACAUGUGGAGGAACUCUAGUGGCUCCAGACUUCAUCAUUACUGCUGCUCACUGCUUCCCCAAAGGAACAUCCAGCUCUCAGUUGCCUAACUGGAAAGUGUAUAUUGGUUUGGUGUCCCAGCUCCAGCUUCCCAGCCCAUAUUAUGUCAAACAAAUCAUUUUACAUGAGAAUUAUGACUCAGCGACAAAAAACAAUGAUAUUGCCUUGCUAAAACUCAGUAAACCUGCAAGUAAUAUACAGCCUGUCUGCCUGCCUGUGUUUGGCCAGAUGUUUCCUGCUGGGAAACAGUGCUGGACCACAGGUUUUGGACUUACCUUUGAAGGGGCAGAUAGUAUCUCCACUUAUUUGAUGGAGGUCGCAGUAGACCUGAUAGACUCAGCUGUGUGUAAAUCAAAUACUGUUUACGGCGGACGUAUCACUGAGCAAAUGCAGUGUGCAGGAGAUCUUAAGGGGGGGAAAGACUCCUGCCAGGGCGACAGUGGGGGUCCACUGGUGUGUAAAGUUGAUGACAAAUGGUAUCUCACAGGCGUAACAAGUUGGGGCGAUGGCUGUGGAAGGCAGAACCGUCCAGGGGUCUACAGUAAUGUAGGGCAACUUUUAAUGUGGAUAUAUGGCAAGAUGCAGCAACAGCGACCGUGACCUUCUACAACAAUGAAGAACAAAUCCUCAUGUUCUACUCUGCCGUGUAAACAUUUUUAUGUACCAA